CAACAAGUGGAGACGCACAAGGGGGCGGCAGAGGAAGAGAGGAGUUACCUUCCUUGGUGAGUGGCUCGGCUCGAAAUAUCUCGGUGCCCAUGUACUCAUUUGAGCAGUUUCCUCCCUUCCAGCCCCACCCCCUCCACCGCCCCCAUCCUCCAAGCUCACCGAGAGACGGCGAAAAACAAUGGCGAUGGCGGGGAGUGCGGCGACAUCUAUGGAACUACGUCAGGACGGGCUCGAAUUUCUGCUAGAUCCGGUUGACAGAUUCCCGCUGCGAGAGGUGACUGCUGAUGUUGAGAAGCCAGAUCCAUUGGUGCUAAUGGACGUACGGCCGUCGGCGCCGACUCCAGCCGACUUGACGUGCGACGUUGUGGUUGGCCACCUCGGUGAUUCAUCUGAGCAUAACAAGUCACCCCGCAAGAGGAAGGAACCGCCGACACAGUCAGCCGAAUCCACCGAGAAGGUCAACCCAGAGGCCCCGAGAUGGACCAGAAGGUUGCGAGUUGGCGGUGUCACCCCAGAUAGAACACCCUGUUGGUAGAGUCACUCCUUUAGAAGAAACCAUACGGAGAUACGCUGAUAAACCAUCAGAGAAUGUAGUAAAGCCAGAGAUUGGGAUGAGCUUUGAUUCCCUAGGGGAACCGUAUAAUUUCUAUAACCUGUAUUCUUGGGAGCUCGGAUUUGGUAUAAGGUAUGGCAAGAGCAGGUUGAAUGUCAAGCGGACAAAAUGUAUGCAAGAGAUCGUCUGUGGAUGCUCGCAGGGAAAACCAGAGCAACAUAAUAGCCGCUAUUGCCGCUGCGAGUGCCCUGCGAUGAUGAGACUACUUCUGCAGACAAAUGGAUGGUACAUUGCUGAGCACCAGUCAAGCCACAACCAUUCAUUGUCUCUUACUUGUGGUGAAAAGGUACAUUGGCCAUCUCACAAGCACAUAUACGUUUACACAAAAGAUUUGGUGAAGCAGCUUAGGUCGAACAAUGUGAACCUCAACAAGGUUUACAACAAAGUUGGUAGCUUCUUCGGUUCGUGACAGAGUGUGCCUUUCACAAAAAGGUCAUUGCAUAAUCUGUGUGGACGAAUAAGUCGAGACCAGGCUGACGAUGAUGUGAACAAAGCUUUAGCUGUGUUCAAGGAGAAACAGCGGAAUGACCCAGAGUUCACCUACCAAGUACAAGGUGAUGAGGAAAGCAGAAUCAAAAACCUUAUGGGGACAAAUGGGAACAGCAAGCUGCAGUAUAAAUUCUUUGGUGAUGUCAUCACAUUCGAUACGACGUAUCUGACCAAUUUGUAUGACAUGCCCUUUGGGUUGUUGCUUGGUGUGAACAAUCACUUCCAAAGCAUAAUACUGGCUGGAGUGCUAAUGCGUGAUGAGCAAGUUGACAGCUUCCAGUGGGUGCUCUCUGAAUUCGUCAACAUGAUGGGCGAUAAACAUCCACAAACAAUAUUGACACACCAAGUAAGAGCCAUGGAGAUAGCAAUCAAGAGCGAGCUUCCUGGGAGUGUGCACAGAUGGUGUAAAUGGCAUAUUCUUAAGAAAGCAAAAGAGAACCUUGGCCCACUGUACACCGACAAGAGUGAGUUCAGGGCUGAAUUCCACAAAGUGCUGAAUCACAUGAUAAGUGAGGAAGAAUUUGAGACUCCAUGGGAUAUGCUUGUUGAGAACUACAGUCUGAAGUCCCACAAUUACAUGACAAAUCUGUAUGAGAUACGACGCAAGUGGGCGAAGCCAUACUUCAAAGGUGUUUUCUGUGCCAAAAUGACCAGCACCCAGUGUAGCGAGAGUGCAAACAAUAUGUUGAAAAUAUACAUGCCACCACCAAGUCCGAUGCAUGUGUUUGUGCGUCAGUACAUGAGCCUGCAAUUCGACCGGGAAUCAGAUGAGAGCUACCAAGAAAAAAGAACAAGGAUUAGUGAUGCUGUCAUGAGAACAAACAUUGAUAUCAAGAGGCAUGCGAGUAAGGUUUAUACACGGAAGAUGUUUGAACAAUUUGGUGAGAAUCUGUUCAAAGGUGGAUCAUACCAAGUCGAGGAAGUUGGAAAGAAAAAAAAGUAUAUCGCAAGACACAAUGACGCCGAAAGACAAGAGAAAUGGAGUAAGGUGGAAUACGAGGUGACCAUAUCAGAUGAGGGUGACUGGUUCAAAUGUGAGUGCGGUCAGUUUGCCCACACUGGAAUGCUUUGCUGCCAUGCUCUCAAGAUAAUAUCUCUUGCUGCCAUACUAUCGAACCCGCUCAUAUGCAUGAUAUGGUACUUAUUCUUGCUGACGUGCGCAGGCGAUGGACCACAUUGGCGUGCAGGAGAUACCUAAACGGCACAUCCUGAAAAGGUGGACAAAAGAUGCUAGGGACACCUUGCCACACCACAUUGCUCACUUUCAGGAGGACCAGGCUGCUAACCAAUCUUUUAUGUGUCGAAGCUCAACUCUGUGCCUACAUGCAAUGGAACUUGUGAGGAUCGGAGACUCAUCGGUCGCUGCCUAUGAACUAGUGCUGGGAGGAUCAAAGACUUAAUCAUAGUGGCAUCUCCGUUUGCAGAGAACAGGGAUGGACUAAGGAUUGAGGACAGGAUAUUAGCUGAAUCAAGUCGGAAGAACAAUGUAUCAGCUGGGGCAAUGCUCAACAAUGAUGCGAUAAUUGUUGAGAAUGAGAAAAGCAUUACCGCAUCUAGCAAUUGGGGUGCCCUAGCGAGUCUGUCAGCUCCAAGCAAGAAGCGUGACGUCGGGCGGCCAUGCUCGAGCGGAGAGAAAGCACCAUAUGAAGGCCUGAGUAAGCCGACGAGGUUUUGUAGUAUAUGCAAGCUCCCAGGUCAUAAGAGGACCCACCUGCCCAGAGCCCCAUAUAGGGGUGAUCUGCCAAAGCAACCUCGCAAGCCUGUAACUUGCAAGACACCGUCGCACCUCGUGCACGAGGCCACUAGUGCCCAAAGCAUUUUAAGACUUUUUCAGACCGUGUGUAAAAGACGAAUAAUCGAGCAUUUUCUAGUGUGUGACUUGUGGAUUAACUUCCGCGCUUGUUCCUCUUGAAUGUAAACUAAUGUUUUGAGAUACAGCUGCGCUGUCUAAACUGAUGAAUCUGAUUUUUGCUA